UGAGCUAGCACCACUUCAUAUAUAUCUCUAAAACCGUAAUAUCUCUAGCUAUUCAGCAGUUAGUUUCUUUGCAACCUGUUGAUAUAUCCUAGAAAAGCAUCAUGUUGCUUUGGUAUUAUUUGUUCGGUGUUACGCAAAUUAUAACAUUGACAACGGCAAUCGACUACCGUCUUCCUACGGAUGUUAUUCCAACGCACUAUGACCUUAGUUUAUAUCCUGACAUUACUUCAGGCAUUUUGUAUGGUAAUGUAAGCAUAGAAUUGAAUGUAACAGCAACACGCAGCACAAUUAUCGUCAACAUAAAUGACCUCAGCGUAUCCUCAACAAUUUUAACAUGCAACUUAACGGAAUCCGUGUUGGAUAUUACAUCAGUCAUAGAAGACACAGAUUCGCAGCAAUACAUAAUUAUGCCUUCAACUGAAAUUGAAGCAGGAAUAUACACAUUGUCAAUGGAAUACAGCGCCAAUUUGUCUACAGACCUUGCAGGCCUUUAUGAGAGUACUUACGUCGACGAGGACAAUAAUACUAGGAUAGUUACUGUCUCCACACUUCCACCAGCAUAUGCUAGAAAUGUGUUUCCAUGUCUUGAUGAGCCAAAAUUCAGGGCACCAUUUGACAUCAAACUUGUACAGCCUUCUGGAGAUGAUUACAUUUCACUUUCUAAUAUGAAUGUUGAGAGUGUUGCUGUAGAUGAGCCUGCGUCGGGUUUGAAAACAGUGACUUUCGCCACUAGUCCACCAAUGCCGACGUUCCUUGUUGGCUUUACAGUCAAUGAUUUUAAGGCACUGACAGCAAAUGUAACAAAUCUUGAUGGAGAAACAUUUCCAGUCAGUGUUUAUACUACCAAAGCCCAACUGGAUGAAGGUGCUUUAGCAUUAGAAGUUGCAACAGGUGCUCUUUCAUACUACAUCAAUCUCUUUAACUUGUCUUACCCCCUGCCAAAGUUCGAUAUUGUUGCCGUUCAUGACAUCGGCUUCAAUCUAGUGGAAUCUUGGGGUAUUGUUCAAGCUGCUGAACACGCAACUCUUUAUAACAUCAGCAGUAGUUCCACAAGCAACGUGGACGAUGUCGUCUUUACAACAUGUUACGGAAUUACCCAUAUGUGGAUUGGAAACCUUGUAUCUGUGGAUUGGUGGGAUGAUAUUUGGAUUACCGAAGGUAUUCCUACAUGGGCACAAUACAGGACCGCAAAUGAGUUGUAUCAGGAUUGGGGCUUUAUAGAACUGUUCUUAUCUGACGAGGUUGUGACUGCUAUGGAUGUUGAUGCGGCUGUUAACUCAGGUUCUAUGAUUCAAGAAGUCAGUACACCUGAUGAAAUCGCAUCUAUAUAUGACACUAUCAGAACUAGUAAGGCAGCAGCAGUUAUGCGCAUGCUGGAAAAUUUUAUAGAACAGGAUAUUUUCUACGCCGCAGUUUCUACGGAUUUGAAAGAAUAUGCAUACCAGAGUGAAAAUACCUUCGAUUUUUACUACGGAUUGCAGAGCCUUGUCGGUUCAAGCCUCAAUAUCUCGGCUAUCAUGAAUACAUGGACACUUCAAGCAGGCUUUCCUGUCGUAAAUAUUGUUAAAAACGGAACCGUUUAUACUCUUACUCAGGAACGAUUUUUAUCCGAUCCUAACGCCGUCUUAAACUCUACUUCAUCAACUUACGGAUUCAGAUGGACAAUUCCCAUCACUUACAUAACAAGUGAAAACUCGACAUCCAACUUGGUGUGGUUUCAGUACGAUGCCAGUAGCUUGGAUAUUACUGUUGACGAAUCGGUAGAGUGGAUAAAAUUCAAUCAUGACCAAGUUGGCUUUUAUCGAGUGAAUUACGAAAGCUCGGAGUGGGAGAAAUUGAUCAACAUUCUAAAAUCUGACCCACAGACAUUAUCUGCUGCGGACAGGACGCAGCUUGUAGGGGAUGUGUUCAGUCUAGCUGCAGCUGGUCAACUAAAUUAUAACGUAACACUUGAGUUGGGUUCAUAUCUCAGUAAUGAGUCGCAUUAUAUACCUUGGAAUGUGGCUUAUACGAAAGUUCAGUACAUGGUUUCUAUGCUAGCCGAUACUGAUAUAUCCAGCAGCUUAAAUGAUUAUAUCAUUAGCUUGGUGAAAUCCAUUUACGAAACUGUCACAUGGACAGUAAGUGAUUCUGACUCUCACAUAAUUUUGCGUCUCCGUCCAGUUGUGUUGGACAUGGCAUGCUACGCAGGUUAUGACCAGUGCUUGACUGAAGCUGGAAGCCUUUUCUUAGACUGGAUUAACAGUACCGAUGAUGUCCGUCCUCCUCCCGAUACUCGAUAUGUAGUAUACAAAUAUGGCAUGCAAAAUGUGAAUAGAGAGGACAAAUGGGAUGAAAUGUUCCAAAAGAUGCUAGACGAGACAGAUUCAGCCGAGAGAUUGAGGUUGUUGAACGGUUUGUCAGGAAUGAAAAAUGCUACAAUCUUGACCAAAUAUCUAAAUCUGGCUGUCAAUCAGUCGUAUGUCAAAGCUGCUGAUUUUUCUUUCGUCUUUGGUUUCAUUUUGGAAAAUUCGAUCGGACCGGCUACAGCUUGGGAUUGGAUUCGGGAUAACGUGGAAACUCUAAUCAAUGAUUAUGGCUUCAGUGAAAUCGACAUUGCAGGUUGGAUUGAUAAAAUUGCGGCUACGUUCCACACUAAGGAGAGUAUAGAGCAGCUGGAAUCAUUCUUUGAAAUAUAUCCGGGAAUAGAGAAGGAGGUUGACACUGCUCUUUUAAAAAAUAUAAACGAUAACAUCAAUUGGCUGAACUUGAAUAAUGCUACAAUUGACGCUUGGCUCGUAUCGUAUUUGACAUCCGAAUAAUCACGUAGCUGAUCCAAAUUGUUUACCACUGCAUUAGCUGACAUAUUCUGUACGCCUGUUAUUUUUCCAGAUAACUAUUUCUUGUUGUUACAUCCACCGAAAAAUAGUGAAUCGCUGUCAAUCUAGAGAAAUUUGCCAAAAUUUUCCAAGAAUUUUUUGAUCUCAAAAAUAGAGUAUGAUCAUUUAGUUCAGUUCGUUUGGUGAUGGAAUAUUAAAAUUUGACAUAAUGGGUACUGCUGAGAAAAUCUAUCGCAGAAGUAUCUUAGUAAAUGAGUUGAGUAGAACUUUUAGAUUUUCAGUAUAUCUUUAUAUGUGACGUUACUUUAAAUAAUCGGCUCACAAUACAUGUCCGUUCACAUACUUAUUAAGAAAAAAAAAAUGUACAUUGAGAAACAUGGCUACAGAUAUUUCGACGAAGCUGUAAAUAAGCUAUAUUUCAUAUAAAAAUACACGUUAAGAAAUUUUA